CAUGAAAUAAACAUGUUUAAAGGCAUAGUUUAUUAAACUACCAUUUUUUUUUGCUAAUUUAUUUUUUACUUUUUAAUUUUUUUUAAUUUAACCGUUUAGCUCUUCAGGAUAUCUUAAUGGAACUUCUGGGAUGAUUUAGUAUUUUUGUUGAUCUAUAUGUACAUGUGUAUAGUUAAUGAGGUAUUUUUCUGUCUGACUGCAAUAAGAAAGCUGACUCUCUUAUGUAUUGCACUAAUGUGUUUUCUGUUUGACAUGUGAUCAUUUCUGCUGAUGUGCCCCCUGACUCUAACUACCUCAACAGUUUCUCCUUAUAAACUCAUCCUCCCUGUCGUCAUCAUCUCCCUUUUCCUGCUGCUCCAGCUGCACCACAAUCACCAAUCACCAAUCACCAAUACCUAUUCACGCUGAAAAGGCCACAGGUGGACGAAGUUAUUCCCAAAUGACCUGGUCGGGAUGGUCAGCUGAGAUAGAAAGAAACCAGACAGGCACCAGUUGGAAGAAGUACAGUCCUCAAGACCGGUCAUCCUGGAUCAAGAUCUUCAACACAGUUGGUGAAGGACCCGUACAUGUGACUUGAAAGGCCGUAAUCGUACAUUUCACGUUUUCCCCCGUAACUAAAAUGAGAACUGCCGAGGACUCCUCCGGAACAGUGCUGCACCGCCUCAUCCAAGAGCAGCUCCGCUUUGGGAACCUGACAGACACCCGUGCGCUGUUGGCCAUCCAGCAGCAGGCCCUUCGCGGAGGCAGCAGCGGCGGCGGAGGCGUCGGGAGUCCCCGCUCCUCUUUGGAGAGCCUGACUCAGGAGGAGACUCAGUACAUCCACAUGUCGGCUCGCCAGGAGCCCCAGGGCCAGGAGCACCAGGGUGACUGCCUGCUCUCCGAACGCUCGGCGUGCGAUCUGUACGGGCUCCACAGCGAGGAGCUGCCCACCUACGAGGAGGCCAAGGCCCUGUCCCAGUACCUGAACUCUCAGAAGGUGCGGACGGAGCAGAGAAGAACCAGCGCGGACACGAUGGCCGCUCACGUCGAAGGACAGUGGGAUCUGAAGAGAGAGCACGCCCGCUCCCUCAGCGACAGGCUCAUGCAGCUUUCUUUGGACAGGAACGGAGACAGAGACAAUCUGAGUCAGAGUUUUUCACGUAGCUACCCGCAGCUGUAUAACGGUACCGCUGUGCCAUACCACAACCACGGAGGUCAGCAGUUUCUGGACCCCAGGGGGCCUCCGCCUGACUACCCCGUCUUUGCGAGGCUUCCUGAGUACGCGCUCAGUCACUCACAGGAGCAUGGGCAAUACUACGGAGACCCUCCCCCUCCCCUCUACUCACAACACCACAGGUAUGUGUCCGCUCAGUCCCAGGUGGCGCUCAGCGGUGUAACCGCCGCCUCCAGCGUCGUCCCGGCUCCUGACGUGUUGAUGAGGGAAAACGAGAAACUCCGGAAGGAGCUGGAGCUGUUCACCGAGAAGGCCACCAGGAUGCAGAAGAUGGAGUCGGAGAUUCAGAGAAUAUCCGAAGAGUACGAGACACUAAUGAGGGGUUCUGCCAAGAGAGAAACUCUGGAGAAAACCAUGAGGAACAAACUGGAGUCCGAAAUCAAAAGGAUGCACGACUUCAACAGAGACCUGAGAGAACAACUGGACACCGCUACUAAACAACAAGCGGCCAGGGAAGCUGACCAGAAGCAGAACAUCUUUGUGAAGCUGCUGGAGCAGAAGGCGGAGCAGCAACGAGAGCGAGAGCAGUUGGAGAGGAAAGUUCAGCACCUUCGAGUCGCGGGCGACGAGUGCCGACAGCGACGGACGCUGCUGGAACAAAAGCUGGCCUCGGCCCAGCUCCGCAACCUGCAGCUUGAGGAGGAUUUGCAAAAGAAGACGGCGUACAUAGCGAAGGUGGAGCGCAUGCAGAGCGCUCUUGCUCAGCUCCAGGCAGCGUGCGAGAAGAGGGAAGUGUUGGAGCAGCGGCUCCGCACGAGGCUCGAGCAGGAACUGAAGAGCCUCAGGGCGCAACAGAAACAGGGAGCUGAUCCCACAGCUACAGCGUCGAGUUCCUUCGCCCUGCAGCAGCAGCUGAGGGAGAAAGAAGAAUGCAUCCUAGCCCUGGAGGCAGAUAUCACCAAGUGGGAGCAAAAGUACCUGGAGGAGAGCACGAUGAGGCAGUUUGCCAUGGAUGCAGCGGCCACUGCUGCAGCACAGAGAGAUACAACCAUCAUCAAACACUCACCCCGUCAUUCACCGAACAGCAGUUUCAAUGACAGCCUGCCCAGUCACAGACACCAGGAGAUGAAGAACAGGAUCCGCGCUCUUCAUGCUCAGCUCCUGGAGAAGGAUGCGGUCAUUAAAGUCUUCCAGCAGCGCUCCAGAUGGGAACAGGGCAGGUCGGAGAACCAAGGGCUCCGUCUUGCCAGGUCGGUUCCUUCCAUCAACACUACAGCCUGCACCGGCACACAGCUCAAAGGAAAGAGCCUCUCGGAUGACCUGACCGGUGCCUCCGCCGCCACACUGUCAUCCCAACCCUGCGCGAUGCUCAAGGUCUCAAAUAGAGACGUCAGCACUCAGAGUGAUGAGGUCACACAGGCGCCACCGCUCAGGGCAGAGCCUGGUGGAAAGAAGACAUCUGAGUCUGUCUCAGCUGGAGUCACAGACCCCGUGGAGGAUCCUGCAGUUCCACCCAAGACACUCAAGAGCAUCAAGAGCUCGGAUGCGGAGAUGGUUGAAAUCCUCAUUUGAGCAGCUGACCAGUGACGGCCGGCGACGACUGACACGCUUGGCCACAUUUUCCUACUUCUUUGAUCAGCGUUACGAAAUGGUCUGAAUGAACGCGCGGUGUCAAGAAUGUGACAGUUUGAAGAGGAGGGCCCAGGGUUUUUCCUUCGGCUGCUUCUGCACAGAUUCAAAACGAAUGUUUGACACAAAAAUAACAGGAAGAAAGUCUCGGUACCUGGACUGCUGAUUUUCAAUAUAUGUAUGUCGUGGAAGGUUUUUUUUUUUUUUUAAUUUCUUUUAUAUUCUAUUUAUACUUGUAAAUGCUGCUUUCUUUUUGAUCGAUGAAGUUUCACUUUCUGCAUUAUGUGCACAGAAUAUUUAAAAAAAAAAAAAAAAAAAAAAGACGACUCGGUGUGAGCAUCCCGUCUGUCUUCACGCCGUGUGUGAGAGGAUUCGGAGAAGGACCCAGAUUUAAAUUAACAGUUGUUCCUAUUUAAAAUAAACCCAAAGCUCCGGCUACCAGAGCAUUUGGAAAUUUCCUUAUGAAUGCCGGGCGCGCUCGUUUCUGUCUUUAAAAAGCCCGUCUAGAUCGACAGGUUUCCAGGAGUCUAAUUUUCCAAAUCCCGGGGUUAACGUCUGGGGCCUCAGACGGCGACUGCCCAACAUUUCUCUCCCCUUCGCUGACAUGCUGGAGCUAAUCUUCUCACAUUCCUCGCCGAGGGAAUGCUGUUAAAGAAAAAGACUAUGUAAAGUCUGACCCCCCCCCAACCCUUGUUAAAAUGGCACACAUUCUCCACAUGAUUUCUUUUCUGGGGUCUGGUUAUUUCUUCUUCUUCUUCUUCUGAGCCUGUGGUAGCUGGGUCUACCGUCAGCGUUGAACUAUAACCGGCGUGCAUUUGCCAUUCUAUUUGUUGUCCCCAAUCCCUGUGUUAUAUUCAGCUUCUAUUUAUUUCUCCGUGCAUUCUACGGGAUCACUGAACACCUCUGAAUGUAGACUCCUGUUGUCAAGAUACGUUUUUAGUGAACUGGAAUGUGCCGUAGUUCAAAAUUAGAAUACUGCAGACGUCCGACAUCGCUUUCCGCAGUCGCUGCUUCUUUUUAAAAGGCACAAAUUCCAACCCGUUACCAGACAGAACAUUGAACUGCCCCCCCCCCCUGUUUUCAAGCUCUUUACAUGAAUUUUCUGUCACAAUGCAUCUGCUGGUCAAUGUGUUGACUAAACGCCUUUAAUGUUUUGGGGGAAAAUGUUUACACAACAGAUAUGUGAAGUUUCUGAGAAUUUAAUAUAUUUUGUAAUUGUUGUUUGUCUUUUCAUUUAUUUGGUCUUUUAUAUAUAUAUGUAUGUAUGUGUGUGUGUUUGUGUCAUGCUCUGGUGCCAAAGAUGCAUCCAGCUGUUAUGUGUGUGUGUGUGUGUGUGUGUGUGUGUGUGUUAACCAGUGACCAGUUGUUGUUUCAGCUGGGUGACGUAUUGUAAUGUUGCUGUGACCUUUCUUUGUAAAGGAAAUAUUUGUACAUAUAUCUAACGUUUCACAGUGAUAGAAUACAUUUCUUAAUAUAUGUCCGAUAUAUAAAA